CCUGCCUCCUCAUUCUUCACCUCACUUUUCAUCUGCCCACCAAAUACCAUGGUCUAUAUAGCAGCUCACACCCCACCAUACACACCGCCGCACUCCCCAUUACCACAAUGCCAUCGCUCCACCUAUUACCAUCUUAGAUCUCCAGAAGACUCGGGCGAGAGCGAGCCCGAGGAUGGGAAGGACACUGAUUUUUGCAACUUCACGGAACGUAUGGAGAUUGAUGAGGAUGCUUAUGUACACCCACAAGCCCAGUCGCCGUUCUUGAGUCUUUGCCCAGAGCUGAUACAGAGGAUACUGUCAACUUUCGGUGGUCGAAACGUCGUCUGCUUGGCCAACUUGGCAGCUACAUGCCGUAAGCUGCGAGCUCAUAUCUACAAAUGCCCAGAUCAAGCCAUCUGGAGAGAUAUAUAUCUAGAAAUUUAUGAUGAUCCUAGACAGGCGUCUGCUUUCAUCAAAAGUCGCACAACUGCAGAGAUCGAUUGGCGAAAGCGGUUGCAGGAUAGAGAAUUUAUUAUUAGAGUGCUUAGAGAAUGGCAUGUUGACCGUUGGGAGCUUGCUGCCCAGCAUCUCGAUCGAAUCUGCGACACUCUUCUAGACAUGUACAUGGACCUACCAGCCGCAUCUACAGGACUUGGCAAUGACACCUCAUGUUUAGAGGCAGACAUUUUCCAUCGUUUCUACUCUUCCAAACCUGCUCUCAACCCUUCCGUUCUGUCUUACCUACUCUCUUCUCCUUGUUUCUCACAUUUGUACCAUCAUUACCGAAUCCUCCCUUCCUCCCCUCCGCCAACAAAGCGUCUCCGCCCUCGCGGUAGUUCUUCCUCCAACAUCAACGACGAUGCCGCUACGAAUCCCACCCUGUCAUUUCACUCCGUCCGCUUCAAGGUCCAAGUCUGCACCCAUCCAAAACUUGCCAAGCUGCAUACUCUCCUGCCACCUAGGUAUGAUGAAAAUGAUGAGCAAGACAGGGAAUGGAGGGGUUUCAUGAGAGAGUUGGUUUAUUCUCAAAAGAACUUUACAGAGAUGAAUGACUGGGGCCCAUUUACGCCUGACGGUAAGGUCGAUUGGGUACUAGUCGACGCUCUUGGAUCUGUUAUGAUGUCGAAUGCUCAAGAGAUCGUCCAUAAUCCAGAUAUCAGUGAUCACUGGCACGAUUCGAUCAUGCCUCAAUCAUUCGGUGUCGAGCCCACGCGUGGUUGGGGGUUCUCACAUAUUGAGCACCCGCUCGGCGUCGCAGAUGGUGAUGUAUGGGAUUGGGCGGGUGUCCAGGGUAGUUGGUGUGGUUCUUACGCUUUCCUCGAUUAUACUGACUGGAUCGCUCUCAACGAACCGCGACUCAUCCUUAUGCGCGGCCGGGUCGCCCAGCUAGACCUUACACAUUACCACGAAGCCGUUGGCGACCUCAUGCGUCUCAAUCUCGAGCUCGACUACCCUUCUCCCGCUUCUCCUUCCACCACUCUCCCUCCGCUCACCACCCACCUUCCUACCACACGCAACUCGCGUUUGCCCCCGAUUCAUUUCAUAGGGACAAGUUUGCAGAGUAAGAGUGUAACCCCCGAUGCGGCGCCGUUGAGUUCCGUUAGAGGGGUGGUGCAACUGACGGCGGAUGAUCCGCCAGAAGUGAGGUGGACGUUGGUGAUUAGAUAUGCGGGAGAGGAUAGAUGGAGAUUGGAAGGCGUACAGGUUGGAGGAAGGGGGAGUAGGAGGGGAUUCUUUGGGAUUUGGACUGAUGCGAACAAGGAGGAACACUCACCUAACGGUCCAGUCUGGUAUUGGCAGAGUUAAACCAUUUUCCCCAUCUUUCCUUUAGAUCUUUCAUCUUUUUCAUUUGUUACCUCAUGUUGUCUCGUCUGCUUUCGGUUGAUAUUACUGUAGAUUAUUUUGCUUGUUUCAAAGUUUAGACUUUUUCUCUCCGCACGUUAUUGAACCAUCAUAGAUGCGAUAUUCGUCCCCUGUAUACACGGCAUGUAACAUCGUUUCGCUCC